AUGAACAUGACGAGACCCUCAGUUGCAGGUUUUUGUGUUGAGGUGGAUCUCACAAAAGAUCACCCAAAACAAGGAAUGCCCUCUCCACAAUUGAAACUGGAUGAUAAUGAGAAGGCUCAAACCACGAAGAAGAAAGAAGAACAACAAGCAUCGGAAACGCUAAGGGAGAUACCGCAAACCCCAGCUAUGGGAACCCUAAUUACAGUACCCCUGGUUGCGGAAACCGUAAUUGUGGAAGCCUUGGUUACGGAAUCUGUUGCUGCGCGUACUGAGGGUUCAUUUUCUGGUUUAACAGACAAGGAAAAGAUUGUUGUUAUUGUCGAUGUUCCAUCAGAGGUAAUCCCAGUUACGAAGGUCUUCAAUAGCUUUGCAGCCUUAGAGACAAUUGAUGAGGCUGCGACUGAAGUUGUUGAUUCUGAUGAUGACGAACGUGGUGAAAAUGUGUAUAUUGAUAAUCACCCACCUGUGCAUCAAGGGCUGAAUACUUUGACAGAUGUAGAUGACUUGAAGGUCCCUUUGCGAUCGGAAAUUGAUCCUUUGGAAAUUCCACCUGGUCAACCUCAACUUACUGUUAGAGAAGCAGCUCUUCCAGAUUUUCAAAGUGAAAAAGGCCAACAACUUAUCGCAGAGGUCAACCAAUAUAGGAUGAGUGUGGGGUUGCCGGAAUAUGAUCCUAUAGGAAAUUUGCUUAAAUUGAAUAAGAAUGAGAAGAUUUCUGAAGAUGAUUCAUUGGUCCAGUCUCCCCAUCCACCAUCUCAAACUGAAUGUGAAGAAUUAGAAGAGACCAAAGAGAUUAACAGUCUAGAUAUUCCAAGUUCUCCUGAUUCUUCUGGUAUAUACAUAGUAGUUAAGCAUGAUUCGCUCAUUCUGAGAGUUGGUGACAAGGAUGUGGAUCAAGUUGAUUUUGAUGAGAGUAACAUUCCUAUAGUUUCGAAAGAAGGGUUUGAAGUAGACACAUGUGGUGAGGUUGUCCCUGGUAUAAGAGAUAUUGAGGAUGAUGUGAAAAAUGGUUCAAUGAAAGACCAAGAAGAGGAUCAAUGGUACAAGAUUGAAUUUGAGAAAGAGGAUGUUGUAGUGUUGGAGUAUAAGUUUAUAUUUUCUCAUGGAAAGGAGAACCACUACAAGAGAUUCAUUAUUGCUGUUGAACAUGGUUUCUUCUGCUAUCGAGAUGGGUACUCUGACUGA